CCCGAUUGUACGGAAGUCUUAUCGCGAAUCUUCCUUCUAUAUCUUGUAUGGCGGACUAGCUGAACCAGCCGAAUGAGCGCGAAUCAAUCGCGAAUUGUAGCUUGGACGUAUUAGGAGUAAUUCUUGGAUCGCAGUAACAAGUACCGUCAUGAAGAUUUUGGUGGUGAUUUUUGGCGCGUUGGCGCUGACCUUAACCGUGCAGGGUCGACCCGUAUGCGAGGAGUGCGAUGAGAUACCGGUUGUUGUUGUCGGUGAAGAUCGUCAGAAGCAAAACAUAAUCGAUGCCCCCGUGGUUUGUCCUCCAGGACAAAAGCCGGACCAUAAAGGCAAGUGCCGUGAUGUUUGGGCUAAAAUUAUGCCGGUUGAAUGGUUCGAUGAAGAGUCGGUUGCUAAACCUAAAAACAUAAUCGAUGCACCAGUGGUUUGUCCCCCGGGCCAAAAACCUGACCACAAGGGCAAAUGUCGUGAUGUUUGGACCAGAAGGGCACCACAGGAAGAGUUUGAGGAAGAAUCCGACGUUGACCAAAGCAACAUUAUCGACGGACCGGUGGUUUGUCCCCCGGGCCAGAAGCCGGACCACAACGGGAAGUGCCGUGACGUUUGGAGCAAAGUUGCGCCGGCUAGUCAUUAGUAGAUAAAAGGAAACACACUUUCUUCUUAUCUGAACUACUUGAGACAAAACAAUGCUUUCUCACGUGCCAAUCCCAAUGGACCCAGGUUCUUAUCAAAAUCCAAUAAACGAGACUCGGACUAUUUAA